AUGAGUUUAAAAAAGGAAGACGAUGGUAUCCUGAGACAGAUUAACGUCAUACAAAAGCUGAUCCAUUUAUCCACCUUGUAUUUUAUCAAACAUUAUGAUAAAGCCAUCAAGCCCAGGCGGUUUCUUAUCGAUGUAGAAGAGACACAGCGACUGAUCCUGGAGCAGGAAGAUACCGAUGGUGAUUUUCAGAUCACAGUCAAUGAUAUGGGACCUAAGGUCAUUACAUUGGGUACUGCAGAUUCUGCAGGCUUCAAUAAGUAUGAUGUCCGUGGCACCUAUAUGCUCAGUAAUCUAUUACAGGAGCUUUCAUUGGCUCAGGAUUAUGGCCGAAAGUACGUGGUUUUGGAUGAGGCGCGUCUGAAUGAAAAUCCCGUCGAUCGGCUCUCCCGUAUGAUCCGUCAUCAUUUUUGGGAUGGUCUGACUCGACGCAUUGAUGCAGAAGGUCUCGAAAUGAUCUCGAAUGACCCAAAGAAUCGAUCCAAAAACACAGCUCCCCGGAUCUAUAUUCCUCACGGUGAAGAUGAAAUCUUGGCGUACUAUGAGAAUGUCAAGGUUACUAAACCCAACCUGAACCUUGAGGUCGAGCAAUUGCCUAAGGAUAUUACCCCAAAAUACGUGCAGUCGAUUAAUGAUAAGCCUGGUAUCCUCGCGCUGGCCAUGACUAAGCAUGUAGAUGAAGAGGGGCACGAAACGUUGAAAGGUGUUCCCUUUGUCGUUCCAGGUGGCCGUUUCAAUGAAAUGUAUGGAUGGGACUCGUAUUUCGAGUCCUUGGGUCUUUUGGUGGACGGUCGUCUAGAGCUGGCAAAGGGGAUGGUAGAUAACUUUGUGUACGAGAUUCAACACUAUGGCAAAAUUUUGAAUGCAAAUCGAAGCUAUUACCUCACCCGAACCCAGCCACCGUUCUUAACCGAUAUGAUGCUCAAGGUCUAUGACAGACUACCGCCCGUCCUUGAAGCCGAGAACAAGCAGUGGCUCGCGCUUACAUUGACAGCAGCGAUUAAGGAAUAUUUCACAGUGUGGAUGUCUGAGCCUCGCUUCGACCCUGUUUCUGGCCUGUCUCGUUUCUAUAGUGAAGGCGUUGGAAUGCCUCCUGAAACAGAGGCUUCACACUUUGAUCAUGUCAUCAAGCCUUAUGCAGACGCCAUGAAUAUGACGAUUGAGGAAUACUGCAAACACUACAACGAAGGUACUGUCAUUGAGCCCGAAUUGGACACAUAUUUCAAGCAUGAUCGCGCUGUCCGUGAGUCUGGGCACGAUACCUCGUACAGGUUGGAUAACUGCUGUGCAGAUCUGGCGACCGUGGACUUGAAUGCGCUUUUGUACAAGUAUGAAAUGGACAUUGGUGAAACGAUCCAUUCCAUCUUUGGUGACUCGUUUGAGACCCCAUUCUUUGAAAGCUACGAGACUUUGAGUGCCAGGAAUCAGGAUAAGGAUGGCAUCAGCCAUGAGCGUCCAACAAUUGUGAUGCAUACAUCUGCAGAAUGGUUUGAACGCGCUCGUAUUCGUCAAAAGAAACUGGAUCAUUGCUGUUGGAACGAAGACAAAGGCUUGUACUUUGAUUACGACACCCGUCUGGAGAAAAUGUGUACAUACGAAAGCGUGACGACUUUUUACACAAUGUGGGCGGGAUGUGCAGAUCGAGAAAAGGCAGAAAAAAUGAUGACAUCGGCAUUACCAUUGUUUGAGGUGACUGGAGGAUUGGUAUCAGGUACAGAAAGAUCCCGCGGCAUAAUCACUCUUUCAAGGCCCAAUCGGCAGUGGGACUUCCCAUUCGGCUGGGCACCUCACCAAAUUAUAUCCUGGAUUGGAUUCGAGCGUUAUGGCUUUUUGGAAGAAGCAAAACGAACCUGCUACCGAUGGUUGUUCACUAUCACAAAGUCAUUCGUUGACUUCAAUGGAGUAGUUCCUGAAAAGUUUGACAUUGUCAAUAUGACACAUCGAGUGCAAGUCGAAUAUGGAAAUGUGGGUCUUGAUUUUAAAUUCAUUCCACGAGAGGGAUUCGGAUGGAUGAAUGCCAGUUAUCAGGUCGGACUCGGAUACAUGGAUCGUGGUUUGAGGCGUGCGCUGGGUGCCGUGAUGGAUCCUAACAAGGUCUUUGAAUCCCGAGAACUUGAGAUGAACAAGAAGAAGGGACUCCAUAACAAGAGCUUUGUUGAGCAACCACCAGAUGUCACCACUCGCCUUGUUAGACCCCACCGGACAUAAAUCAUGAUUAUUAGGAGAGUAUCAUGAGCAGCAGCCACAACAAAAGCUU